AUGGCCAAAACUGGUCCUGAGAACGUCAACUGGCUAAUCGAACUGUACCACGAAAUGCCCUUUCGACCCUUCAUUUAUUCCAUGAAAUCUCCUGCUGAACCUGGUUGUCUCACGCCACAUUCAAGAAGAGGGAGAGAAACCGCACCAUAUCUAUCUUACAUCAUCGACAACUAUGACUCUCUACCGGACUACUCCAUAUUCAUCCACUCGAAAGACGAGCAAUGGCACAACGACAUUCUUGGCACAAAAUCGGCAGACACAAUAAAGGCUCUUCGCUUCGAGCACAUCAACGCUACUGGGUUUGUCAACCUACGCUGCGCCUUGAAUCCUGGAUGUCCUCUUGGAGUUAACCCGCUCGAUCCUACCAAAGAAGACAUUCGGCGCAAAGACACAAGAGCUUUCUUCGCUGAGAUAUACAUGGAGCUGCUUGAUGUGACACGCGAUCAAGUCCCACGCCAUAUAGGAAAUGUUUGUUGUGCACAGUUUGCUGUCACCAGGGCUCGUAUCUUACGACGACCAAAGAGUGAUUACGAGAGAAUGCUGCGGUGGGUCGAGAACAGUCAUGAGGUCGAUUUUGGCAUAGGCUGGGUGUUUGAAAAACUUUGGGACACGAUUUUCGGCAUGGAUGCGAUAAACUGUCCUAACUAUGAGCAAUGCCGCUGCGAUUUGUAUGGUUGGUGUGGACCAUUGGCGUCCGGCGAAACACUACGACCUAAGAUUACAACCGAGAGCGAGUAA